CAGUGUUAUGAGGCAGCUUCACAACACACAGCCACAUUCACCCACAGACAGAGCCCGAGCAGGAGAGACCCCCGCCCCCACCCCCGGCCCCCCGCGCUCCCCAUCCGGCCCCCUGCCAGCGUGCCCCGGGCCCAGGCCCUUGGGGACCCACAUCCCCUUCCUGAUCGAAGGCGGAAAAACAAACAAAAAAAAAAACCAAACAUUUUUCAGAGGAAGAGAGAAGAGUGAGAGACUCAUAGGCACACGGAGAUCUCGGGAGCAGAGCUCAAGGUGAUCUCCAUUUCUAUCUGGUUCUCGUCUGGGGGGGCCCUGGUUGGGCAGCCCCCCCGCAUUUCUCCUGUCCUGAAACACGGCUCUAGCCAACCUGCUUCGCUGCUUCACCUGCGAUCGUCUGUGUGGGGGCUGCACGGCGCCAGCCCCCCCAGCCCGGCAGGGCAUUGCCCUCCAGCCCGUCAUGCCCAGUUGCGAGCCUGGCCCAGGCCCUGCCUGCCUCCCCACCAAGACCUUCCGCAGCUACCUGCCUCGGUGUCAUCGUACCUAUAGCUGUGUUCACUGCCGAGCACACCUGGCCAAGCAUGAUGAACUCAUCUCCAAGUCCUUCCAGGGGAGCCAUGGCCGGGCCUACCUGUUUAACUCUGUGGUCAACGUGGGUUGUGGGCCAGCUGAACAGCGCCUCCUGCUCACUGGCCUCCACUCCGUGGCUGACAUCUUCUGUGAGAGCUGCAAAACCACCCUGGGCUGGAAAUAUGAGCAAGCUUUUGAGACAAGCCAGAAGUACAAGGAGGGGAAGUACAUCAUUGAAAUGUCGCACAUGGUGAAGGACAACGGCUGGGACUGAGGGGCUCAGGCAGGAUGCCCCAUCCGCAUGCCCCACACCCUGCCCCCCAUACCUUGCCCCUGGCCUCAACACGCUGUCCAUCCUAGCACCAGUACUGUCCCGCCCCGGCCCCCCUGGGGAAAACCUGGCUCUGUCUAGCCCCUCCACCCCACCAUAUCCAUACAGAGUUCCCCUUUGGAACCGGGGUCUGGGCUGGUCUGGGCUAUCCUGGGGGGAUCCUCAAGGGACAGGAGUAAUGGAUGGCAAUGGGGAGGUAGAAAAAAUUGGGGUGACAGUUCUGGCUCCAGAGUCACAGAAUUCAUAUCCUUCUGUCCUUGGGGUGUUUUAGAGUUGGGAACUGGCAGGGUAGAACCCCUCCUUCCAGGAGGCAGGGGAACAGAUAGGGCACGUCCUCCUUAUACUUGGGCAAAGAACUCUGCCGCUGAGGCAAUGCAGAGUCUGGCCACUAGGCAAGUGGUAGGAGAUGGCCUCAGUGGCUGGAGGGAGUCUGUCCUCCAGCUCUGGGAGCUAAAGGCUUCCGAAUGUGAUUGAAGCAGGGAGGCCUCCCCGGAGGCAGAGAAGACCUCAAUCCCAAGUCCUUGGAAGAGGCAGAAGGAUCACUGGGAUUUCCAUUUCACUUGGCACUUGUUAGUUUACCUUGGCACUAAUGAGGCACUUUCGCAUAUAUAAUCUUUGCCAUUGGGUUGGGUAGGGGAGGCUGCCCCCGUGACUUCCCUCCCUAGCUGGCUUUGUCACCAGGGGGCAUCGGGCUGCGGGGCCACAGAGGCUCCAGCCAUUGCUUCCUGGGACUCAGGCAACUGGGAACGAGGUGGGAAAUCAGUGCCACAGGCCGGACUUUCCUGUGGCUGCCACCAGCGCACGAAACUUUUGUAUUAAAAAGUGUUUGAGUUUAUUUUUAAUAAAAAUGGGAAAAAAGCAAC